UCUAGAAACAAUCAGCUCACAAGCAGCUCGUAGCCAUGCGCCUCACGCAGCGGCGCUGGGCGAACGAACCACCAGAAGACACGCCACGCUGGGCUAAUGAGACAGGAGACGCGGCUGACAAUCGAUGGCCUGCGUCUGAUGAUGCCUCGGUUGCUCCCGCCGCGUCUGUCAACUCAUGGUUCGAUUCGAAUGGUCCCGAGCAACCGUGGGAUGGCUCUGAUGCUAUCAUCUGUGCCUCCACCGCCUCUGGUAGUCUGCGCUUUGCCGUGCCACGGAACUCGUCAGCUGCUGCAAACUCGCCAGCUGCUGAAAAUUUGCCGGUUGCUGCUUCGCACGCUGCUGGAUGUGGCUCGAGCACUGCAGCAGCUGUAGCGGGUGAUUCGGAGCUGCAGAGACAUCACAACAGGGAGAGCGCUAUGGCUGUAGCGGAUAUUUCACAUCCUUUUUGGAGAAAGACGCGUCAAGGAACGGCUGCAGCUGGCAAUGUGAAGCCUUUUCAGGAGGGUGACGAGGAAAGCAGCGUCAUGGGGACGGCAGCAGCUUCAGGGGAUGACGACUGGCAGCACUUCCUCUUCUCCUCCUUUCACUGAUAAGGAGAGGAGGAAGAAGUCAGACGUCCGUGGCCCUGGGUGCAGUGCUGAUGCUCCCAGUAGUUCCACGGGUGGAGGUUACAGUGCUGCUGGUUAUGACACUGCCGGUUACAACGUUGCUGGUUUCAACGUUGCUGGUUACCGCGCUGGUGGUUACAGCGCUGGUGGUUACAGGCAGGGAGAGGAGGACGAGGGCAGGCAGGGAGAGGAGGACGGGGGCGGGAAGCAGGGAGAGGAGGAAGAGGGGGGAGAGCAGGGAGAGGAGGAAGAGGAGUUUUGGGAUGCGGAGGAAGGGGACUUGCCUGGGAGUGUUGCCAGUGUCAUCCAGGGCGACUGUGUCUCUCAUUCCAGCUCGUCCCAUCCGCUCGUGCCCCAAAGAAAUGCUGCUACAAACGAGUUCACGCGCCUAAGAAACGCUGUUACGAAGGAGGAUAGGAGAGCAGACAGGAGUGCUGUUACCAGUGCUUGGUCCGACCCCAAUGUCGACCUCAACAACCAAUGGGGCAACAGCACAGGUUGGCAGAGGAACAGUAUCAGUAACAGUAACAGUAACAGUAAUAGUAACAGUAGCGGUAAUAGUAGCGCCGCCUCUUCAUGGGGCAGAAACGUGCCGAGUCUCAGUAACUGUUACAGUACUGCUGCUGGGAACCAAGUGAUAAUCUCCAGGCCACACGCUAGCAGCAGUGACAUAGGCUCGGCCCGAGCCUCCAGCAGCGCUAGAGAUCCGGUCCAAAGCUCCAGCGUUGGCAGAGUUAUGGGCCAGACCACCAGCAGCUCCACAAGUACAGGCCUAACCUCCAGCAGCAGCACAGGUAUGGGCCGAGCCUCCAGCAGCACAGGUACGGUUCGAGCCUCUGGCAGGUAUGUGCCUCCCAACAAGCGGACGGGGUGGAGAGGGCAGGGCGAGGGGGCAGGUUUGGGAGCACUGGGAGGGGGGGGGUCCAGUUUUCCUUCGUGGGAGCGGAGCGAUGUGCCGUUGGGUGCUGCUGGCACUGAUGCAGGCUCUGGUGCCAGUGGUGGUGGUGAUGAUGGGUGGAGAGAGCAGGGCGAGGGGGCAGGUUGGAGAGCAUGGGAAGGGGCGGACUCUGGUGCUUCUGUGUGGGAAAGGAGCGAUCUUCCCUUGGGUACUGCAGGCUUUGGUGGUGCUGCUGCUGCUGGUACUUGUGUGUGGGAGAGGAGCGAUGCUCCCUUGGGUGCUAGGGGCUUUGGUGGUAGCGCUGCUGCUUCUGCCAGUGCUUCUGGUGGUGCUUCUGUUUGGGAGAGAAGCGAUGCUCCGUUGGGUGCUGCAGGCCUUGGCGGUGGUGGGAGAGGGAUCGAAGGGGCAUAUAUGGGAGCACGGGGCGGGAUGCUGCUUGAUAUGGUGGUGCUGCUUGAUAUGGUGGUGCUGCUUGAUAUGGUGGUGCUGCUGCUGUUGGUUGAAAGAGCAGGCGUGGGAACGAGGAGAGGGAUGCAGGGUGCUGCUCGUGUGCGGGAGAGGAGUGAUGUUCCCCUGAGUGCUGCUGCAUAUGGUGGCAGUGCUGCUGCAUAUGGUGCUGCUGCAUAUGGUGGCAGUGCUGCUGCUGGUAGUUGGCAGGUUGAAAGUGCAGGUGUGCAAGUGAGGGGAAGGAUGCAGGCUGGUGCAACUGGGUGGGAGAGGAGUGAUGUCCCCCUGAGUGCUGCAGGAUUUGGUGGCAGUGCUGCCAGCAAUGCUGGUCGCAUUGGUGGUAGCAAUGGUGGUAGCAGUGCUGCUACCAAUGGUGGUAGCAUUGCAACUGGCAGCAGCUGUGGUGGUGGUGACAGCAGUGGUAGUGGUCGUGGGGCGGCGGCAGCAGCAGGGGGUGACAUCACGGAGUGGAGCCGGAAGGUUGAUUCUUCCAAGGCUGGAUCAUCCAAAGCUGGAUCAUCCAAGGCCGAAUCAUCCAAGGCUGAACCUGAAUCACCCAAGGCUGGAUCAUCCAAAGCUGGAUCAUCCAAGGCCGAAUCAUCCAAGGCUGAACCUGAAUCACCCAAGGCUGGAUCAUCCAAGGCUGAAUCACCCAAGGCUGAAUCACCCAAUGCUGGAUCGUCCAAGGCUGAGUCAUCCAAGGCUCAGUCAUCCAAGGCUCAGUCAUCCAAGGCUGAAUCACCGAAGGCUGAGUCACCCAUGGGUGAAUCACCCAAGGCUGAAUCACCCAUGGGUGAAUCGCCUGCUCACAGCCGUAAUCGCCCCUUUAAACAGCAGCCUGAUAAUGGCUUUCCUGGGGUGGUUUUCGCUGGUAGAGCGGUACCAUUGCAGCUAGCGCCACAGAAGGGCUGGACAGCAGGGGAUCCAAGGAGAGGAGGAGAAGUAGCAGGGGAAGCAAUAGGAGCAGCAGCAGCAGCAGCAGCGGCAGCAACACCACCACUAUUUGCCAGCCCUUCAGUUGUCGUCACCCCCUCGAUUGCCGCCCAAUCAGUGGUCCCCCCCUCAGUUGUCACCUCCCCAGAUGUCACCUCCCCAGAUGCUGCCCUGUCAACUGUCGCACCUUCCGAUACCACGACCUCUAUCAUGGCAUCGUCCCUCAUCACCUCCUCUUAUCCCACGUCAUCAGUGGUCGCCCCGUCAAUAGUCACCUCUUCGGUUGUCUCCUCCGCAGCUAUCACCCUCUCACCUGUCACACCUGCCGAGGCUACUCCGGCCAAGGCUACUCCACCCGAGGCUACUCCGGUCGAGGCUACUCCGGCCAAGGCUACUCCAUCCGAGGCUACUCCGGCCGAGGCUACUCCGGCUGAGGCUACUCCUGCCGAGGCUACUCCGGCCCUUUGUAAGGCCUCAGACUCAGCCGCUGCUACCCCUGAUGCCUCAACUCUCGUCUUUGGUAACACAGGGGUGUCCUGGCCAGCCCCACCAGCUGUCUUCCCAUCCAAACCCAACCCUGCACCUGCACCUAUGUCGCUCCACCCUGCACCUGCGUCUAUCGCGCUCCAAGCUCCUGACUCCUCGGCCCUCUCGUUUUGCAGCACAGGGGUGUCGUGGCCACCCCCACCCCCACCAGCUGCCUUUCCAUCCAAACCCAACCCUGCAGCUGUGUCUAUCUCGCUCCUCCCUGCACCUGCAUUUAUGGGUGGAGGGGGGGAGGAAGGGGGGGAGGAGGCGGAGGGGGGGGAGGAGGAGGAGGAAGAAGGAGAGGAUUGUGGAGGGGAAGGGGAGGAGGAGGAAGAGGAGGAGAAAGAGGAAGAGGAGGAGGAGGAGCAGGAGGAGGACGACGAAGAGGAAAAGGAGGACGAGGGGGAGAAUGUCGAAGGUAUCGAGGAAAGCGGCACGUCUCUUCGUGACGAUGAAGAAGAUAAUGCAAGUUAUGAUGGGGAUAAGGAUGGGGAUGACGAUGAGGAUGAGGAUAACUCUAUGCCCUUCUCGAAUGGCAACCGUGCAGUCUCCAAACACGCACCAGCAGUGGCCCAAUUUCUUAAAACCCUCCAAAAGCUGCCAGCCAACCAGUCUCGAAAUGCAAAGGACGCGAUUGGAGCCCAGGGAGGCGCCCCAUGUGCAAGGGAGGCAAGGGCGGGGGUGCUCUCUACCCGGGCUUGCAGGCGCUGCUGCAGCAUACUCUGACCGUUAGAGCUCGUAGGGCUAGGAGCCACCGUAGGUUCACUGAUGCUGUUGCUGCCCUCUUGAAGGGGACGAGGGCUAGCAGCAGUGUUGCGGCUCGGCUGAAGAGAACAGGG